CGGUAUCACUGCCGAAUCCCCAUUCGCUGCACAAUUACCAAUGGAGGUCGAGGCUUAAUUGCACCGCUGGGAUCUGCAUUUGAUCUGCAUUCCAGUGGUUUCUAAGCAUGCGGCGCUCCUGCCGUCGCUACAAAAUGUCCCGCCCGGCGGGGGCUUCCCGCGCCCGUGGGACAAAGCAGCAGACGCGCGCAAUCCUCCAUUUGUAAGCUGCGCGUCCGCUUCUGCUUGGCGGUCUGCAGACUUACUGCUCAGCUUUGAGUGUCUUUAACUCACUGUGAGUCCACUCGUUGCGAUCAAUCCAGCGUCUAGCCUCGUCGCAAUGGCCGCUUCAGCACACGCGAACGCCCCCACGCUCGAGGGCGACACCGCAAGCGAGACAGACAACACCAUAACACCCAAAAGCGAGCCGGAAAAUAUCAUCACCACCAAGAGCGACGCGGGCCCUGACAACGGGAGCGCAGAAGUCGUCAUCCAGCAAGAUGAUGAAGACAUGUACCCACAUGGCUUCCGACUUUUCUGUCUCGCCGGAGCCUCCAUCAUGGGCGUGUUCCUGAUCUCUAUGGACCAGACUAUCCUCGGCACAGCCAUACCUAAGAUUACAGACGAGUUCGGUGGCCUCGGAGAUGUCACUUGGUAUGGCGCUGCGUACUUCAUGACAUUUGGCGGGCUCGAAGCUUCCUGGGGCAAAGUUUACAAGUACUUCGACCUCAAGUGGACGUUUCUCUUCUCCAUUUUCAUUUUCGAGGUCGGCAGUCUUUUAUGCGGCGUCGCGCCGACUUCGAAAGUCCUUAUCGUUGGACGCGUCAUUGCUGGCAUGGGCGGUGCGGGCAUAUCCGUUGGUGGCACAAGCAUCGUAGCCUUCAGCACCACUCCGAAGUUUCGCCCCGUACUGAUGGGCUACAUCGGACUGACCUAUGGUCUUGCUUCCGUCCUCGGGCCGCUCAUCGGUGGCGCUUUCACUGAAGGAGCGUCGUGGAGAUGGUGCUUCUACAUAAACUUGCCCAUUGGCGGCUUAGCCGGUCUUCUCGUUUUUUUCUUCUUCCAUCUUCCCGCCGCAGCGAAACCACCAAAGGCCAGCCUGAAGGAGAAAUUCCUACAAACAGACCCCGUAGGCGUGGCGCUAGCCAUGGGUGCUAUAGUCUGCUUCAUCCUCGGUCUGCACUAUGCCAGUCUCGGUGGGGAGCAUCCUUGGAAGACCGGAAAGGUAAUCGGAAACCUCGUCGGCUUUGUCGUCAUCUCACUCGUCCUGGUCGCCUGGGAGUGGUACCUGGAUGAGUAUGCUAUGCUCCUCCCACGCCUAUUCAAGAAGCGCGCCAUCUGGUCUGUGGUCCCGUAUCAGCUGCUCCUUAUGGGAGACCUCGUCUUACUGCUCUACUACCUUCCUAUUUACUUCCAAAGUGUCCUUGGCGCCAGUCCGAUCAUGUCAGGAGUAUAUAAUCUCCCAAUCGUGGUUGCCGUCGGUAUCUUUUGCGUUGUCGGAGGGGUUGUCGUUUCAAAGACCGGACAUGCGACCGCAACCAUGCUCGUCGGCGCAGCGGUGGGAACAAUCGGCUGCGGACUGCUAUGCAUGCUUGACCUUGAGACGUCGACAGGCAAAUGGAUUGGGUAUCAGCUACUCGCCGGAGCUGGAAUCGCAUUCUCGGUUCAAAACGGGAUGAAUAUUGCUCAAGCAAACGUCGAGAAUGCCGACCUGGCUGCGGUGGUCGCUAAUGUAUACUUCUUCCAAACCGUUGGCGGGGCCUUUACAACAUCAGCAGCACAAGCCGCCUUCGUUAACCAACUGCUAGUAAAGCUGCCAUCCUCUGCACCAGGCGUCGACCCUCAACUGGUCAUCAACACCGGAGCCACGCAGCUGCGAGAGGUCUUUACCGCCGAGCAGCUUCCUGGCAUCAUCACGGCCUACAUCCAUGGCCUCAAGGCCGUCUGGGGCGUUGCGACCGGCAUUGUUCUUCUCGGCGCGCUUUGGACCGCUGUGAUUCCCUGGACGAGACUACCUACGCAUCUUCCGCCGGCGGACGUCGAGGAUGGCAAGGACAGCAAGGAAAAGUUGUGAAGCAGUGAUGAGCGUCUGUCAAGAAGCAGACAGGCAUAUGAGUAAGCAGUGUGAAAAUAAUAAUAGCAGCA